AUGCAGCAGCAGCUGCAGCAGCUGCAGCAGCAGCAGCAGCAGCAGGACAGCAUCAAGGCGGCCGCUGCUCACUGCAGAGAGCAAAUAGAACGCAUUGCGGAGCAGCGUGCAGCAGCAGCGACUGCAGCAGCAGCAACUGCAGCAGGAGCGACCGCAGCAGCAGCAGCUGCUGCUGCUGCAGCAGGGGCCCGAAAGAACAGCAGCAGCAGCAGCACAGAAGAUGUGCUGCAGCAGGUGAAGCUGGGCAGCUUGCCCGUGCUGCAGCUGCUGCGGGCAGCAGCUGCUGUGGGCGCAGAGUGGCCUUGGGGCGGGCAGCUGCUGCAGCAGCUGCUGCAGCAAACAGCUCACUUUGCUGACUUCGAAGCAGGCGCUGAGUAG